AUGCAGGUGUCAUUUGCGUGCACCGAUCAUGGGCUCAAGGCGCCGAGGAACAACGAGCCGAGCAAGCAGAACACGACGAGCCCGAAUACGAUGAGCGCAGCCCGGGCUCGGUUCCGUACGGUUGCGCUGAUCGCUCGCAGCCUGGGGUCAUUCACCCACCGCCAUCACAUCUCGCUGAAGGAGUCCACGGGCAAACAGACUGGCAUGAAGUACAGGAAUCUUGGGAAAUCUGGACUGAGAGUAUCAUGUUUGGGGCUCGGAACAUGGGUGACAUUUGGGGGUCAGAUCUCCGAUGAGGUUGCAGAGCAGCUAAUGACUAUAGCCUAUGAGAACGGUGUCAAUCUCUUUGAUACUGCAGAGGUCUACUCAGCUGGAAAAGCAGAAAUCAUUCUUGGAAACAUCAUCAAGAAGAAAUGCUGGAGGAGGUCCAGUCUGGUGAUCACUACAAAACUUUACUGGGGAGGAAAAGCUGAAACAGAACGAGGUCUCUCAAGGAAGCAUAUUAUUGAAGGUCUGAAGGGGUCUUUACAAAGAUUACAACUGGAAUAUGUGGAUGUGGUGUUUGCCAAUCGGCCUGAUAACAACACUCCUAUGGAGGAGAUUGUGAGGGCAAUGACUCAUGCUAUAAACCAUGGGAUGGCCAUGUACUGGGGGACGUCUCGCUGGACAGCAAUGGAGAUCAUGGAAGCAUACUCUGUAGCAAGGCAGUUUAACCUGAUCCCUCCAGUGUGUGAGCAGGCCGAGUAUCACUUCUUCCAGAGAGACAAAGUGGAGGUGCAGAUGCCCGAGCUGUAUCAUAAAAUAGGUGUAGGUGUGGUGUCCUGGUCUCCUCUGGCAUGUGGAAUCAUCACUGGAAAAUAUGAAAACGGUGUCCCAGAAUCCUCUAGGGCAGCUAUGAAGCCGUACCAGUGGUUGAAGGACAAAAUAGUGAGUGAGGAUGGGAGGAAGCAGCAGGCAAAGUUGAAGGAGCUGAGACACAUCGCUGAAAAGCUUAGCUGUACACUACCACAACUCGCUGUCGCCUGGUGUCUACGGAACGAGGGAGUGAGUUCAGUUCUGUUAGGGAGUUCCAACCCUGCACAGCUGACGGAGAACCUGGGUGCAAUACAGGUUCUUCCCAAGAUCACUCCUAACAUUGCCUCAGAGAUGGAUAAAAUCCUGGGUAACCGACCCCACAGUAAGAGAGACUACCACCACUGAUCCAAUAUGGAACACUGGGCCUAAGAAAAAGGAACCUGACCGUAAUGUCCGACCUGUCAGUGUGUCUUUCACCUGUUAUGCUACAUUACCGUACAACACAUACGUGUCUGUAACGUAUGACUGUCUCCAGACAGUCAGCAGAACCAUGCAUGCCAAGUUUGUGUAAACCAUCCAACCUGGGGACUGUAAUAUUUAAUAAGCUGUAAUAUCAUAAGAAACAUGUGCGGUUGGUCAUACUGCACGUGAGCCUGCACUGUGUCAACAAAGAACAAUUCUGAGGGCUGAUACUGUGUUCUUUGCACUGUGUGACAUAUUUUUCCUCUAAAUUCCUCUCAAAUCUAAAGAAGUAUUUAUAUUUCAAAUGUACCAUAUGUCCUUUAUCUAGUGUGUGCCUGUUGUCUGUUCAGCAUCGUGCUGUGGCUUAUUUUAUUAUAGACAGGCAUUUUCGUUUUGCAGGACAGCUGUUACUUCUGCUGCUGGAUUUAAGUUCUGUGGCUUUAAGUAGUAAUGGACAUGCUGGUGUUUUUGCUGGCAUGACAGCUGCAGAUAGAACGCACGGCUAUCGAGUAAUGUGUGAGAUAAUGAGCCAAAUGCAAUUUAUUUAAAGCUGACUGUUCCAAUGAAUAAAGCACAAGGUGUUUAUGGAUUUGUGAGUACCUCAUUGUUUGGUUUGAUUUUAGCUUUGAAAUAAAACAGCACCUGUAUGAAUCCUAA